UCAAACUCAUCUUCUUCUUCACAUUCAACAAAAAGAUGAGUUUCAGGUUUCUCAUUCUUGUUCUUGUGGGUGCUCUUGUUUGCACCACCAAUGCAAGAAAGCUUGUGAGCUCAAAGGGUUCUUUUGAGGACGAGAAAACAUUCUUUAAGGGUGGUGGGUUAGGAGGCGGAGGUGGAUUAGGAGGGGGGGCUGGCGGUGGACUCGGAGGAGGUGGUGGUGGAGGGCUUGGUGCUGGUGGAGGAUUAGGUGGUGGGUCUGGGUUUGGAGGAGGAACUGGUGGUGGGUUUGGAAGUGGGGGUGGACUUGGUGGGGGAGCUGGCGGUGGUGCUGGUGGAGGGUUUGGUGGUGGCGGUGGUGCUGGUGGAGGACUUGGCGGUGGUGCUGGCGGAGGAUUCGGUGGAGGAGCUGGUGGAGGCCUCGGAGGUGGAGAUGGACUGCCUUGAGGAGGAGAGAACCAUAUGUCUCCAAUUGUUAUUACUAUUGUCUACUACUACUAGUUUGUCUUUUAUUUGCAUUAUCAACUGUUUAUGGAUGUUUGGUUUCCACUCUAAAUUCUAAUGAAGUAAUAAACUUUUUUAAGUAAAAUA